AUGGCCCAAUCCUCGCAAUGCUAUCUUCCUCGUUUCGCUCCCGCGGUCGACGGGCCUAAACGCCCGGUUUCUAUGAAGACGAGACCGACCUCUUCGCAAUGUGCGCAGUUAUUAACCGCAUGGCACGAAGGGCGAUUGGAAUCGAUCCUGCAGGCCACCUGGGCGCUGCUACUGCACUAUUAUAUCCAAACCGAGGAUAUCAGCUUCGGUUAUCAACACAUCGACGGUGACUCUAUUUCGUCUCGACACUCUGUACAGCGUUCGAGCGCCACCUCCCUUGACCGCGAUCUGUCGGCUGUCCGGCUGGCAAUCGAUGAGAACGACUCCAUCCAGGCCAUUGUAGAUAAAGUGCGGACCGGUGAUGGAAUCGAACAGCUCGACGGUGCUUCUGAGGCCCCAUUGCCCUUCAACACCAUUUUGAUGCUGCGCACAUAUCGCAAGGCGGAUGAUCCGUCUCCAACCUCCAAGACAUUGCUGGCUAGUGCUCUACCAGAACAGUGCCAUGUUCGCCUGCACGUAAAGGUGUUGCGCCGGGACAUUAACAUGUUUCUGGAAUGGCGAAAUGGCGAUAUGUCUGGAGAUCAAAUGAAAAGUGUCGCCCACAUCUUCGAGCAAUUGCUCGCCAAAAUCCUUUCUUCCGAGAACCCCGCUAUCAGCCAGCUUAAUCUAUUCUCGGAGAACGACUGGCAGCGCAUUCGCAAGUGGACUUCCGACAUCCCCAAACAUACGACGGCUGUAUCCACGAUGCCAUCCGUGAACAGGCACUCUCGGGACCGGAUAGAGAGGCAGUGUGCGCAUGGGAUGGGCGUUGGCCCAGAAGUGCGCGUGGCGCUGCUAUUUGAUAAAUCGAAAUGGAAUUUGGUGGCGAUGCUUGGCGUGAUGAAGGCGGGCGGUGCGUUUGUCCCAUUGGAUCCAACUCAUCCACCUUCGCGCCUUCAACGGUUGAUCGACUCUGUCAAGGCCGAAGUUGUUCUGUGUUCGCAGGGCCGUGCAGACGCCCUUCGUCCCAUUGCAAAGACUUUGAUUCCCAUCUGCAGCGAUACCCUGGACCAACUGCCUGCGCCCGUCGAUGGUAUUGAUCUCGCAUCGGGAGUCACCGGUCAAAAUGCCGCUUAUGUUUUGUUUACCUCUGGAUCCACUGGAGAGCCGAAGGGCACCCUCCUGGAACACAGGGCUUUCUUAUCAAGCUCCAUGGCUCACGGCCCUGGUCUUUGCAUUUUUCGCGAGACUCGCGCCUUGCAAUUCGCUGCACACACGUUUGAUGCCAGUUUGGCAGAGUCGCUUACUCCUCUGAUCCACGGUGCAUGUGUCUGUAUUCCGAGCGAUGAAGACCGAUUGAAUGACAUCGUCCGUUUCAUCAAUGAAAAGCGGGUCGACCAGGCCUGCUUCACCCCGUCUUUUGUCGGCUUUAUCGAAAUCGACAGCGUGCCGGGGUUGAAGUCUUUGGUUCUGGCUGGUGAGGCCAUGUCCCAGUCACAACUGGCCACAUGGUCCAGAAUCAAACUGGUCAAUGGCUAUGGCCCGACGGAAGCCAGCGUCGCGUCCGUGUUGAACACUAAUGUCGCACCGAACGCCGAUUGCAAGGAUAUCGGUCUCCCUGUUGGUGUCCGCGCAUGGCUGGUCAAUCCUGAAAACCAUGAUCAACUCGUCCCUGUCGGCUGCCCUGGUGAAUUACUGCUUGAGGGACCGACUCUCGCUCGAUGCUACGUCAACAACCCACAAAAAACCAACGAAUCCUUUAUCUACGACCCAUCCUGGACCAAAUUCGACGCCGGAGGAGGGACAAAUCGCAGGUUUUACAAAACUGGAGAUCUGGUGAGAUACAACUCGGACACGGGUUCUCUAAAUUACAUCGGUCGGAAGGAUACUCAGGUGAAGGUUCACGGCCAGCGGGUUGAGCUGGGUGAAGUCGAGAACCAGUUGAACAAGGAAAAUACCGUGACGCACUGCUCCGUUCUUUUCCCGAAGACUGGUUUCUGUAAGGGCCGCCUCGCAGCCGUGAUUUCCUCCGCGGGCCUCCUAGCGGAACAAUCAGAUGCAGAUCUAGAGCCUCUGCGACUGCUUCCUGCAUCGGAGAAAGCUAAGAUCGUCCCUGGUAUUCGAGAGAGCUUGUCGGGCCGACUCCCGACUUAUAUGGUACCCGCAGUGUGGCUUUGUGUGGAAGCAUUGCCCCUUCUUCCGUCUGGAAAGCUCGAUCGCAAGGGUAUUGCAAGCUGGGUUUCCGGUAUGGAGAACGACCCUGAUACCGGAAAGGCCCAAAACGGUGUUUUGCUUGAGGCUGAAAUGUCUCAACCUGCGAAUGAGACUGAAGAGACUCUCGCUGCUGUUUACAGUCGUGUCCUGAACAUCCCACAGAACCACGUCAGCCUGACUGAAAGCUUCUUGGCACUUGGUGGAGAUUCUAUUGCCGCUAUGACUUGCAUCGGCCUCUGCAAGAAGCGUGGAGUUGGCCUAUCUGUCCAGGAUGUCCUCCGCAGCAAGUCGAUUCGAGACUUGGCCACACGAGCAAAGGCAAUUGAUCAGACGACAUCCUACCAAGAGGCAGUGGAUGAGCCGUUCGAUCUCUCCCCCAUCCAGAUACUUCACUUCGGUCUACGAAAGGAAGGCCAGGGUCAUUUCAAUCAAGGUAUUCUCACACGUCUCAACAAACCUCUCGAUGAGCGAACUCUUCGUAAGGCGAUCGAAACACUAGUUUCGCGACACUCCAUGCUGCGUGCAAAGUUCGAAAACACAGGUUGGUCAACUGCUUCGAGCCAAAAGAUUACGAGAGACGUAAAGGGCUCGUUCAGGCUACGAAGUACUACCGUGCGCACAAUGGAAGACAUCAAGCCUCAUGUUGCUGAUAGCCAGUCCUGCAUUAAUUGUUUCUCGGGGCCCCUCCUGGCUGUCGACUCCUUCCGUUUCAAGGACAAGCAGGAGCAACAUGUGCUAUCCAUGACCGCUCAUCACUUGGUUGUUGACAUUGUCUCCUGGAGAAUAAUCUUAGAAGAUCUGGAGGAUAUCAUCAAGAACCCUGGAAAAACAACGAGUGAAGACGCAUCACUCCCAUUCCAAACAUGGUGUAAGCUGCAAAUUGAACAUUCGAAGAACAUGCUCGCUGAGGGGAAGCUAUCAAAGGAUCCUCUCCCCGCUCCAGACUUUGGCUACUGGGGUUUGAAGACCCAUCAGACCACUUAUGGCGAUGUUGAUUGCGCUGCUUUCGAGAUAGAUGCGGUACACACCAACGCAAUCCUACUCGAGUGCCACAAGGCUCUGGGGACCGAGCCAAUCGACCUUUUCCUGGCAUCCAUGCUUCAUUCAUUUGGACAAUCAUUCACCGAUCGAUAUCUCCCUACCAUCUUUAAUGAAGGACACGGACGUGAGGUUUGGGAUCCUUCCAUUGACAUCUCUCACACCGUUGGCUGGUUCACGAUUUUGCACCCUAUCUUCGUUCACGGCUACCAAUCGGACAAUGCGAUCGAUACCCUGAUCAAGGUGAAGGACCUACGUCGCCGUGUAUCUGACAACGGUCGCGCCGACUUCGCCAGCGGGGUGCUCCCCAUCGAAGGCAAGCGAGCUGGUACCUACCCGCAUCCAUUCGAGAUCUCAUUCAACUAUGUUGGUCAGCACCGCGACUUGCAACGCCAGGAUGGCCUCUUCCAACUUGUUGAUCAGAUGGCCGGUGAGACUGGUCAGGGCAGUGGUGAUGCUGACUUCGGUCGUGACACCCCUCGCUUCGGUCUUUUUGAAAUUUCCGCGAUGGUUGUCGGUGGCAAGAUUCGGUUUACAUUCUCUUUCAACAAGUUUAUGCAGCACCAAGAUCGAAUCCACACAUGGGUCGCUAACUGUCAAAAGCAGCUCAUGUCAUUCUCUGAGCAGUUGACUUCGAUGUCUCCGCGUCUGACGCUGAGCUCUUUCCCGAUGCUGUCUCUCAACUAUGAUAGUCUCGAAAAGAUGAUCAACCAGAAGCUCCCAGCGAUUGGGAUAAGCAACUCGGACAUGAUCGAAGACAUCUACCCAUGCUCUCGAAUGCAGCAAGGCAUUCUCCUUGGCCAGACUCGGGACAGCUCUUACUACGCCGUCCACGACACUUUCGAGGUUCGCGGAACUGGCUCCACACAGCCCAACCUUGAUCGUCUGGUGGGAGCCUGGAAGCAAGUUGUUGCACAUCACGCCAUGCUACGAACAGUUUUUGUCGAGAAUCUCACUCCCCAUGAUGCCUUCUCCCAAGUUGUAUUGAAGCAGUAUGAUGCUGGCCCCGUUUUCCUUCAAUCUUCCGGGGAUAGUGACAUUUUCGCAACCUUCGAUGCGCAGGAGCCGAAGAACUAUCGUCAGCGUACGCCUGCCUAUCGCUUUAGCAUCUGUCACACUUCAACCGGUCGUAUAUUCUGCCGUAUUGAAUUGAGUCACGCCGCCAUGGAUGGAAACUCGAUCUCCAUCAUACUUCGAGACUUGCAGCUCGCCUACGUUGGUCGACUUGAAGAGACUCGACGUCCGCUGUUCAAGGAUUACAUGAGCUACCUGCUCGAUGCGCCUAGGGAUGCAAGCAUUCAAUACUGGCGGUCAUACCUCUCGGAUGCUAAACCAUGCCUGUUCCCCGUCCUAACGGAUGGCAAAACUGGCCAAGAGAAGGCUCUUCGAGCCAUCCCUGUUAACUUCGGAUCUCUGCCACGUCUCCAAAGUGUGUGCGAGAAGCGGGGAAUAACACUCGCCAAUGUUUUCAAUGCAGCUUGGGGUCUCACCCUCCGUUACUUCACUGGGUCCGACGACGUCAGUUUCAGCUACAUGGCUUCGCUUAGAGAUGUCCCUGCGGACGGUGUCCAGUCUGUUGUUGGCCCUGUGAUCAACCUCAUGGCUUGCCGUAUGAAGUUUUCUGGUACCUCUGUCUUGCGUGAUGUUUUGGAGAAAAUCCAAGAUGAUUAUAUGGAGAGCUUGCCAUAUCGACACACUUCCCUCAUUGACAUUCAACAUGCUCUGAAGCUUUCUGACACCAACUUGUUCAACUCUGGUGUCUCAUACCGUCGUCUACCUGGCGCGAAGGAUGCUGUCAGCAGUGAUAUUGAGUGUGUCGAAGUCGGUUCAAUUCACGAUCCAGCUGAAUUCCCGAUCUUCAUAAACAUCGAAGCCAUGGACACAAAAGCUAGCAUUGACCUCAACUACUGGACUACAAACCUCUCUGAUGCUCAAGCCACAAAUGUCGCCAACACAUACGUUCGUUGUCUCGAGAGCAUUCUGACACACUCAGAUAGCAAGAUCUGUGAGCUCGACAAUCUCAGUGAGAGCAACAAGAGCGAUAUUGCCACUUGGAACAGCAAGAACCCUCAAGCUGUUGAGAUUUGUGUUCAUCAGGUCGUUCAGGAUGUGGCCAAGAAACGGCCCGAUGCUCUUGCCAUUACUGCAUGGGAUGGAAAUCUGACCUACUCCAAGCUCGACCAGUUCUCUUCUCGCUUGGCGAGUUAUCUGGUUACGUUCGGCGUGGGACCCGGUAGCCUCAUCCCGACAUCGUUCCCCAAGUCAGUUUGGAACAUUGUUUCCAUACUCGCAGUGAUGAAGGCUGGUGGAGGUUGCAUACCUGUUGAAGAUUCGAAGAGUUUGACUCUUAUCGAGAAACAUGUCCAGGAGAACGUGAUUCAGGUUGCACUUGCAUCUCCUGAGAAGGCCCAGGUUCUUGAAGAGGUGAUUCCUUAUGUUGUACCCGUCAGCGAGUCUCUCCUUGAAUAUCUCGGCGAUGAGCCUCUAUUGUCGAUGGCCUGCUAUUCCGACCCUGCUUAUGUUUCAUUUACUCCUGGAUCCUCCGGAGUCCCGAAGGGAGUCAUUCUUGAGCAUGCUACUAUUAUAACUCGAGCUGAAGCAUUCGCUGCCUCGCUCAAGCUCAAUGAUGCCUCGCGCACCUUCCAAUUCGCCCAUCACUCGUCCGAUCUGUUCCUUCUGGAGACAUUUGGUACUUUCAUGCGUGGAGGUUGCGUUUGCAUUCCAUUAGACAUUGAUCCUUCGAAAUUAGCCGCUUCCAUCAAUGUUCUCCACGCCAAUGUUUCCUGCUUGACCCCAACUGUCGCGGAAUACAUCACCCCGAGAGAUGCUCCCGGCCUCAAGACCGCAGCACUUGUCGGAGAACUUGCGACAAACGAUCUCCUGGAUAGCUGGCUCUCUGAUGAUCUCGAUCUGUAUGUUCUGUUUGGAAAUAAUGAGUCAUCCUCUGCUGCAUGUCUCGCUCCGAUCGCGCAAUCUGGCAAGGAAGGCAUCAUUGGCCGCCCGACUUCCUGCCUCUCCUGGGUCGUUGAUCCCACCAACCAUCACGCUCUUGUCCCCGUGGGUGCUGUCGGUGAGCUGGUUAUUGAAGGUCCAGUCCUUGCCUCCAAGUACCUGGCAAACGAGGAUCGUGACCGUGAUGCAUUUUUUGAGAACCCAUCUUGGCUAGCUGCCUUUGGACGUGACUCUUCCGAGUUCACCGAGAGUCGAAGGUUCUUCAAGACUGGAGAUCUUGUUCGCUACCACGGCGAUGGUUCUCUCGCAUACCUUCGUCGCAAAGAUAACCCUCAAGAACUAUCAUUGUCGUUGGACUUGCGCCGCGUUCGACAAUCACUCAUGGGGUACUUGGGUUCCAAGAGACAAGCUCUGGUAGAUACCAUCACAUUGCCCGGGGAUACAAACAGCUCCAUUGUGGCUUUCAUCGGCUCCUCAGCCUCCACUGCAGCAUCGUUCAAUGAGCGAGUUAUCCAAAGCUCCUCUUCAGACCUAACGACAACUAUUUCAGCAAUUCACGCACAUUUGACUAGCCGAUUCCCAGCUAACAAGGUUCCGAGUUACUACAUCCCUAUUUCGACAGUCCCUCUCAACUCCUUUGGAAAGCUAAAUAUACAGGGCCUCAAUGCCGAAAUAAACUCCAUCUCCACCAGUGUUCUGCGAUCUUUCAGUGUCGAAAGAUGGACUGGAGUAAAGUCAUCCAACCGCCAUUCCCGCCAGUCUUCACUUUCAGCAACCAAUCUUGCUUUCUGGAAAGAAUACUUGGAAGACAUCGAGCCUUGCAAUUUCCCUUCCCUGUCUCUUGCCACCGCUAGUCCUGGCCGCUCCACUCGAACCCUCAACAAACAAACCCAGAAAUUGCAUGCCUUCAGCAAAAUGUCCGGUGUCUCCGUGGAGACUCUGUUCCAGUUUGCUUGGGGUCUGGUGCUUCGUUGCUAUACUGGUUGCGAUGACGUUUGCUUCGGUUUCUCCUCUGCCAACUCCGACGAUCUUGCAGUUUCCGUUUGCCGUCUUAUGCUCACCAACGAGCGCAAAUUGGUGGAGUCCUUGCAGCACUCCAAGGCCCAGUUCGACAAAGGUCUUCAAAACUUCGCAGACCUGGCUACUGUUAAGCAUCAUCUUGGCUUUGAAGAUACAAGCAUUUUCAACACCAUCCUCACAUUCCGUACUUCAUCGUCUCUUCCUCAGGGCAAUGUCCAGGAGAUGACUACCGCGAACGACUACAAGCUCACUGUCGCAGCGGAGGUCAGUAGUGCUGUUGCCGAAAUCCAUUUCAGCUAUUCUUCGGACAUCCUUUCCUCAAGUCAGGUUACCCAUGUCAUCGAUGCUUUCGACCACUUUCUUAACGAUGUCAUGUCUUCCAACCCUCGCCAUCGACUCAUUGGGGAUCUUGAUCUUUUCCCUCAGCGCUCCUGCCGACAAAUUCGUGACUGGAACGCCGUGCUUCCCCCUCGCGUUGAGAAAUGUGCCGACGAGCUUAUCCAGCAACAAGCCCUGCUGCACCCUCGUGCAGAAGCUAUCUGCUCCUGGGAUAAGAACUUUACUUAUGGUCAACUUGAGAUUGUUUCUAGCAGACUUGCGCGUUUCCUAACGGGAUUGGGUGUCAAGCCCGAAGUCUUUGUUGUUCUCUGCUUUGAGAAGUCUGCUUGGGCUGUUGUCGCCCAGCUGGCCAUCCUCAAGGCCGGCGGUGCAUUUGUCUCAAUCGACCCUACUCACCCCGACUCACGUCUACAGAUGCUGAUCGAGGAGAUUGGCGCAGAUGUCGUCCUUUGCUCCGCAACCCUCCAGUCUAAAAUGGCUAAGCUCUGCAAGAAAGCCUUGACUGUUUCGCAGACCUCAAUUUCCCAACUGCCCGAAUCGCCUCUUGCUCUGCCUGGCACUCGGCCUGCACCAAGUAGCGCAGCUUACGCUAUUUUCACUUCGGGUACUACUGGAAAGCCAAAGGCCACGGUUGUUGAGCAUGUCGCACUCAGUACAACUGCUAUUGCCAUGACGGAUGCUCUUCAUAUGAACUCCGGAACACGCUCUCUGCAAUUCUCUAACUACACUUUCGAUGUCAGCAUUCUGGAGAUCAUGAUGACUCUCAUGACAGGUGGGUGUGUUUGUGUGCCCAGUGAAGAAGAACGAAUGAACAACCUGGGAGGCGCAAUUCGUCGUAUGGAAGCCAACUACAUGGCAUCACCACCAGCCAUUGUCAACACCCUCGAGCCCAAGAGUGUUCCUACCUUAAAGACGAUUAUUACUGGAGGUGAAAAGAUGCCCGCCAACCACAUCGAUCGCUGGAACGACCGCUUCGUGAUCAACGCAUAUGGCCCUUCUGAGGCUACUGUUGUUGCCACCGUCGGUGUCAAGAUCGACUGGGAGGGUAAUCGUGUGAACAAUGACCCAACUUCCAUUGGAAAUGCUGCCAACUGCAGAGUUUGGAUCGUCGAUCCUAAUAACUACAACCGCCUUCUCCCUGUGGGUGCCGUUGGAGAGAUGCUUCUGGAGGGAAGCAACAUCGCCCGAGAGUACCUCGGAAAUGCCGAAAAGACCAAGGCUGCCUUUGUUGAUGAUCCAACUUGGAGUCACCAUCCCGGCCUCCUGGGCCUCUUCAAGCGGAAAGACCGCAUGUACCGCACUGGUGAUUUGGUUCGGUACAACAGCGAUGGAACCUUGGCUUUUAUCUCUCGAAAGGAUACACAAAUCAAGUUCAAUGGCCAGCGUAUCGAGCUUGAAGAGAUUGAACACCAGUGCCUACGUGCUCUUCCAAAUGGAUCUCAGGUUGCCGUUGAUGUUGUUGUCCCUCAGGAACGCACUGUUGCAAAGGGUCUUGCUGCAUUCUUCACAGUCCAUGACCCUGAGUCCGGCGAAGGUGGUACGAGCGAUGAUUUCGCACCCACGAUCCCUGGUGUCGAUCCUCUUCUUCUGCCCAUCUCUGUUACCAACAUGGAUGCUAUCCAGAAGUUGAAGAGCUCUCUACCUGACCUUCUGCCCCAAAGCAUGAUGCCGCGUCUCUUCUUCCCUCUACGCAACCUUCCUUUUACCUCGUCUGCCAAGAUUGAUCGUCGCCGUCUUCGCGCUAUGGUUCAGACAUUGUCCAAGGAUGUUCUGAAGUCAUACAUCACCUUUAACUCCACCUCGAAGAAAGAGGAGACUUCCGCAGAUGGUAUUGAGGCCAAGCUUCGCUCCUUGUGGGAGAAGACCCUCGACCUUGAAACCGGCUCAGUUACCAACGACGACAGCUUCUUCGCCCUCGGUGGUGAUUCAUUCUCCGCCAUGAAUCUUGUUGGCGCUGCCCAGGGUUUGGGAAUCUCCUUGACCGUGGCCAAUAUUUUCAACACUCCCGUUCUGAUAGAUAUGGCACAGACCUGUUCUGAGUCUCAAGAGGGUGCGGCUCCUCAGAAGGCCACCCUCAAGCCAUUCUCUCUCCUACCAUCAUCCGUCGACCCAGAGAGCAUCAUGGAAGAGGUUAUUGACAACUGUGGUGUUUCUAAAUCGUCAAUCUGUGAUAUUUAUCCUUGCUCUGCUGUGCAGGAGGGUCUCUUGACCCUGUCUUUGAAGCAUUCGGGUGCCUAUGUCGCUCAGCCUGUAUUCCGUCUCGCUGAUGGCACAGAUCUUGACAGAUUCAAAUCCGCUUGGCAGCAGACGGUUUCUGAUCUUGAGAUUCUGCGCACCCGAGUCGUGCACACCGAGACUAUGAACUUCGCCCAGGCAGUUUUGGAUGAUCAGCCCAUCUCGUGGGUUCACGCGGAGUCAUUCGAGGCUCUGCCGAGUGACACGACCGAAUUACCAAAGCAAAAUGGCGCACCUCUCACUGGCUACGCAAUUGUCCAACCUCGUGGAUCUUCUACUCGCUACUUUGUAUGGUCGGUUCACCAUGCACUUUACGAUGGAUGGAGUAUCCCCCUUGUCUGGAGCAAGGUUGAGGAGAACUACAGAGGAUCUCAACACAAAGCUUUGGGCACAUCUUACGGCCUAUUCAUCGAGUACCUCACCAAAAAGGACAUGGAAAAGUCAGAUGCUUUCUGGAAAUCUUAUCUCAAGGAUCUUUCCAGUACUCCAUUCCCUCAGAACAAGAACUCCGUUCCCAAUGCCGUCCGUGCCGGUAACACUCAGUACCUCACCUUAGAUAUCUCCCGGCCUGCGAACAGCGUUGAUUUCACUCUACCGGUUUUGCUUCGUGCCGCUUGGGCCAUUGUCGUCGCUAACCACACGGCAUCUGGAGACGUGUGCUUUGGCGAGACUCUGUCCGGUCGCAACAUCGAUCUUCCCGGUGUUGGUGAGAUUGCUGGCCCUCUUUUAUCAACCGUUCCUACACGUGUGCAAGUCGACAACGAAAUGCCAAUCAUCCAGUACCUCGACCAGAUCAACAAGUCUACCACGGAGAUGAUUCCCCACCUUCACGCCGGUCUGCAACACAUUCGUCAACUCAACAAGGACACAUCCACUGGCUGCAAUUUCCAGAACCUGCUGGUUAUCCAGUCUGGUGAAGGCGAACUAGACAGCUCUAUUUGGGUUGACGAGAAGCGUGAGACAAGCGAGGAUUUCUUCACUCACCCGCUUGUUCUGGAAUGCUCGUUCUCGAAGUCGAAGAUCUCUUUCACCGUCCAUCAUGACGAACUGGUCAUCAAUGCGUGGCAGACCAAACAUAUUGUGGAGCAAUUGGGCCACGUCAUGAAGCAACUCCUCUCUGUUCAUAAAACUACGACGAACAAGCUGGUUGACUUGGAAGUUGUUAGUCCAGAAGACAAGAUUGAAAUCGCUGAGUGGAACAAGCGAGAUAUUUCACCAGUCGAGCGUUGCGUCCAGGAAUUCAUUUCGGAGAAAGCCAAGGAAACUCCAAAUGCCCCUGCCGUGUGCGCCUGGGACGGACAGCUCACCUAUCAUGAGUUCUGGGAUCUGGCCUCCUCCUUUGCCAAUUACCUUAUCGGCCGGGGUGUCGGCCCUGAAGUAUUUGUUCCUGUUUGUCUCGACAAGUCUGCUUGGGCUAUGGUUACUCUAAUCAGUAUUCUCAUCGCUGGUGGUGCUUACGUUCCGCUUGACCCCCAUCACCCUACUUCCCGACACGAGGAGAUCCUCGCAGAUGUUGGGGCUAACAUGAUCUUGUGUACUCCUAAUUACACAAGCCGCUACAAUCGCGUUGUCAAGACCGUCAUCCCCAUCAGCAAAGAGACUAUCAAAGCGUAUGGCUCGCUCAAUUCCUCUUCAACCCGUUCCCGCGCCCAGGUAACACCCUCCAACAUGGCGUAUGCUCUGUUCACCUCUGGUAGCACCGGACGUGCCAAGGGUAUUGUCGUCGAGCAUCGAAAUGUUGUCAGCAGUAUCAUGGCAUUCGGUCCAAUGAUGUACAUGGGUCCCAAAGCUCGAGUGUUCCAGUUCGCCUCUCUCACCUUUGACGCUGCAAUCAUGGAAACCCUCGCCAUUUUGAUGCUUGGUGGCUGCAUUUGUGUUCCUAGUGAGGAUGAGCGUCUAAAUGACAUUGCAGGUGCUAUUCGUCGCCUCAAUGUGACCUGGAGUUUCCUCACUCCAUCCAUUGCAAGCAUCAUUGAACCUUCUUCUGUUCCAUCCCUGGAAGUCCUUGCUGUUGGUGGCGAGAAAAUGUCACAAGAGGUGAUCACCCGUUGGUCGCAUGUUCUCAAGUUGAUGAAUGGAUACGGUCCGACCGAAACUUGCGUCUUCGCUGUUGUUGAUACUGCCGUCGCAGUCAAUCGCGAUCCUGCAAGGAUCGGCUACGGUAUUCCAAGCACCCUUACCUGGAUAGUUGAUGCCGAAAACCCGAACAAACUAGCUCCGCUCGGUGCGGUCGGUGAACUUGCACUUGAGGGGCCUGCCCUUGCUCGCGAGUAUUUGAAGAAUCCUCAGAAGAAUGCCGAAGCCUUCCUCAACGAUCCUACCUGGACCAAAGAUUUCAAGUCCUCCAUUCCCUCCCCACGCAGAAUCUACUUGACUGGUGACCUUUGUUACUACAAUCCUGAUGGUUCCAUCGAGUACAUCAGCCGAAAGGAUCACCAGGUUAAGCUCCAUGGUCAGCGCAUGGAACUCGGGGAGAUUGAGCACCGACUACAUGAAGACCCACUCGUUCGCCACGCCGUUGUCAUCCUGCCCAAGAACGGACCGCUCAAGCAGCGUCUCGUCACUGUCAUGUCACUCAACAAGAUAGCGGCGGAUAACAAGCUGAUUUCCGAUAAGCCAUGCGAGCUUGUGGAGGAGAGUGAGUUUAACAACCAAGGUCUUAGCGGCCUCGUGGAGGUUCAGAAGAAGCUUGAGGCACAGCUUCCCAUCUACAUGGUUCCACAGACCUGGGCUCUCAUCAAGAAGCUUCCCAUGCUUGUUUCCGGCAAGCUUGAUCGCAAGAAGAUCACUGCAUGGCUGGAAGAGAUUGAUGACGAUUCCUAUGAGCGUAUCAUGCAGGAUUACGAUCGCAUGAAGCGUGGUGCUCCAGAGAAGUCCGAAGAAAAGGAACAUGAUCAAUCCUUGAAGAUUGUUCGCGAGAUAUUCGCCCAGGUGCUGAACAUCUCGCUGCAGAAGGUCAACGUCGACCGCUCUUUUGUCAGCCUAGGCGGCGACAGUAUUACUGGAAUGGCGGUGAUCUCCAGAGCUCGAAAGCAGGGCUUGACUGUGACGCUCAAUGACAUCUUGCAAAGUCGAUCAGUCAAAGAACUUGCCCAGACUGCCAGCGCUAAAGCACCAGUCAAGGCUCACCGCGAGGAGCAAACAGGAGAAAGCUUCGACCUUUCUCCCGUUCAGAAGCUGUAUAUGCAGUCUACGGAUUCCUACAAAGGAGUCGCUCGCUUCAACCAAAGCAUCACUGUACGGGUCUCUCGUCGUGUCGAAGGAGAGGUUUUUCGUCGUGCUAUUAAGGCUGUUACCACACAGCAUUCUAUGUUCCGAGCCCGCUUCAGCAAAACUGGUUCUGGAAACUGGGAACAGAAAGCGUCCACUGAGAUUGAUGAGUCCUAUCGGUUCCGCGUGCACUCUGUCAGUGACACACGCGCAAUGGUCCCCAAGAUUGCUGAAAGCCAGUCAUGCCUUGACCCCCUCGAUGGCCCAAUUUUCGCUGCUGAUUUGUUCAAUCUCCGCAAUGGUGGCCAAGUCCUUUUCCUUGUGGCGCAUCAUCUAUGCGUUGACAUGGUCUCUUGGCGCAUCAUUCUCCAAGAUCUUGAAGAGCUUGUUGUGUCCGGAUCGCUCUCUGAUGACAAGGCUUUGUCCUUCCAGGCCUGGUGUGCCAUGCAAUUCGAGCGAGCAAAGACCCAUGAUGCUGCCAUCACCUUGCCUUUCACCCCCGAGCAGCCGAACCUUACCUACUGGGGCAUGCAAGACUCCCCCAAUCUCUACGGCGAUCUCAAGAUGGAGUCGUUCACUCUCAACGAAGAGACUACCAAUUUUAUUCUUGAGGGCUGCCACGAAACCUUCGGAACAGAUACCGUUGACAUUCUCCUUGCCGCUAUUGUGCAUUCGUUCAGCCGCACAUUCACUGACCGCAGGAUUCCCACCAUAUACAAUGAAGGUCAUGGCCGCGAGCCUUGGGAUGCUAGCAUUGACCUUUCUCGCACCGUUGGUUGGUUUACAACCAUGGCUCCUCUGCUUGUUGAGGGCCAGGAUGGUACUCUCAUGGACACCAUCAAGCGAGUCAAGGACACUCGUCGCAAGAUCACCGAUAAUGGACGACCCUUCUUCGCAAAAAGCCUGCUGGCUUCUGAUCAACAACACGACGAGAGUGCCUUCCAGGUUCCCCUCGAAAUAUUGUUCAACUACCUGGGCAAGCUCCAGCAACUUGAACGCAAUGACUCACUCUUCCGACACCAAGGCAGUGUGUUCGACAGCUCCGACUUCGCUUUUGCCGGCGACAUGGGUCCUGAAACUGCCCGCUUUGCCCUCUUCGAACUUUCCGCUAUUGUGGUAAAGGACCGUUUAAACGUCUCUUUCGCCUAUAACCGCCGUACUCAGCGUGAGAGCCAGAUCCGACGCUGGAUCUUGCAAUGCAAACAAACCCUGGAAAAGGACCUUUCCACUUUGAAGAGUGUCUCUGCCGAGCCUACCCUUAGCGACUACCCACUUCUUCCGAUCACCUAUCAAGGCUUGCAGCUCCUAACAAACAACACAUUCCGCAAGCUCGGAAUCCGCAGCAAGACCGAGGUUGACGACAUCUAUCCUUGCUCGCCCAUGCAGGAGGGUCUCCUACUUAGCCAACUCCGUGACCCAAGUGCCUACAUGUUCCACACCAUCUUCGAGAUCAAAGAUGCCCGCGCUGGCAAAGUCGACGCGGAGAGACUUGCCCGAUCCUGGAACAUGCUCGUUGAUCGUCACCCUGUCCUCCGAACUGUUUUCAUUGACAGCAAUUAUAGCGGCGGCUCGUUCGAUCAAUUGGUUCUUGCCAAGAUCAAGGACAAUGUUCUCCGGGUAGAAUGCACUGACUCGGAAGUUGAGGAAAAGCUGGCAGCUAUUUCCCUCAGCGAUGCGAAUGCCAUGCGUUCUGUCAAACUUUCCCACCAGUUAACGGUCUGCAAGGUCACGAGCGGACGUGUUAUGGUCAAACUCGAAAUCAACCACGCUAUCAUCGAUGGUGGUGGUGUUGAUGUCCUGCUCCGUGACCUCACCAUGGCUUAUGAUCGCAAGCUCGCAGAAGGUCCUGGGCCUCGUUUCAGCGACUACAUAAAGUACAUCCGAACUCAGAGGCAAGGUGAAGCCCUCGAGCAUUGGAAGAAGUAUCUCGGUGGUGUCCGUCCAUGCCACCUUGCUUCUUCUGCUGGCUUCCAGACCCAACGGGAGCUGAAGGGUAUCCUGAUGGACUUCAACCGCUAUACUGAACUCCUCAAAUUCUGUGAGGGUGCUUCGGUUACCUUGGCCAACCUUACAUUGACUGCCUGGGCUAUUGUCCUUAGACAGUUCACUUCAUCCGAUGAUGUUUGCUUCGGAUACCUGUCGGCCGGUCGUGAUGCGCCAGUCAACGGUAUCCAGGAUAUGGUCGGAAUCUUCAUCAACAUGCUUUGCUGCCGUGUGAAGUUCUCUUCGCACCAAUCUCUUUCUGAUAUAUCUAAGCGGGUCAAUGGUGAUUAUAUUGCCAGCAUUCCCCACCAGAGCUGUUCCCUUGCUAGCAUCCAGCACGAAUUGGGGUGGCAGGGACAGUCUCUCUUCAACACAACCCUCUCCAUCCAAAACCACACUGUUGCCGGUGGCUCCAAGGAGAAGGGUCUAUCUUUCGACUUGAAGCAUGCUCACGAUCCUAGUGAGUACGCUGUCACCGUAAAUGUUGACAUCUCUCGCGGAGGCGAGGGUAUCAUGCUCCGCUACUGGAAUGAUGUUGUCUCAGAUGACCAAGCGCAAUCCCUUGUCGAUUCCAUUGCCAAGGUCUUCACCGGUUUUAUCGAGUCGCCAAAACAGUCAAUUUCGGCCGCUAAGCUCGAUAACCAGGCUCUCACUGAGCAGCCAUCUGAAUGGAGCAGCUCUCAGACAUCCAUCAGCGAGAGAGUCAAGACAAACAGAAAGAGUCUUGAUGGAACCGCGAUCCAGAAGAUUAUUGACGAUCGUGUUCAUGAAAUAAUCGGCCAGAUGCUGAGAGAAGGAAAGUUGAUGGUACCGGGAAUGGCGACUGAUAGUCUUUCUGGCUACGGUCACUCGGAGUCUGUUGGCUCUCCCUUCCAGUUAGAAGGAAUUCAAGGCGAAGCAGAUGACUCUGGUGUCUGUUCCGCAACCUCACGCUCCAGUCAGGACGGAAUGUCCGCAGAUGUUGAGCGAAAGCUUUGGAGUCUCUGGAGCACUGCUCUUGGUCUCUCGCCCAAUGUGGUGCGACACCAGGAUAGUUUCUUCAAGCUCGGUGGCGAUAGUAUCACUGCCAUGAAAAUGGUCAGUGCUGCCCGUGAGGAAGGGCUAGUACUAACUGUGGCCGACGUCUUCAACAACCCCGUUUUUGAAGACAUGCUUGCCACUGUCCGCGCCGCAAAUGUCACACAGCAGAUGCUGAAUGCCGACCUGAAGCCAGUCAACAAGGAAAUUGAUUCAUUCUCCGACGGCAAGCCAACUACCCUGGCACAAACACCUUCCUCUGAGAGCAUCUCGGUCCUCCGUACGUCCAGGACUGUCGAUGAUGCUUCGGUCCAGAGCGGCAUUUGCCCCAAGAUCGGUGUCUUCAAAGGCGGCAUUGCAGAUGUCCUGCCUGUCACUGACUUCCAAGCCAUGUCCCUCACUGCGACAUUAUUCAAGUCGCGAUGGAUGUUGAAUUAUUUCUUCUUGGAAGGCAAUGGACCGCUGGAUCUCCGCCGCCUCCGCGAGAGCUGUCUCAAGGUCGUCGACGCAUUCGAUAUUCUGCGUACCGUUUUUGUUUGCUUCCACGACCAGUUCUUCCAAGUCGUCCUCCGCAAGAUUCGCCCCAGUAUCUUCGUCUAUGAGACCGACCGUGGCCUCGACGAAUUCACUUCCACGCUGCAGCAGCGCGACCGUGAAUAUGGCCCCCGAGAGGGUGAGCAAUAUGUGCAAUUCUACGUUGUCAAGAAGAAGGAAAGUGACCAACACCGUAUCAUGAUCCGUCUCUCUCACACGCAAUACGAUGGAGUCUGUCUGUCCAAGAUCAUGUCCGCCAUCAAAUUCGGCUACGAAGGUAGCCCUCUUCCUCCCGUCACGCCUUACGCCAGCUAUCUCCGCCAGCUUCCAGGGACAAUCACACCAGAUCACUACAACCACUGGUCAAAGCUUCUUAAGGGAUCACAUAUGACUCAAGUUGUGAGUCGCAAGGGUACGUCUAUGUUCCAGAACGUCGGCGCUUUCACAGAGGUCCGCAAGACCAUUGAGGUUCCCCCCACUGCGCUAGGCAAUGUCACUGUUGCUACUGUCAUGCAGGCUGCUUGGGCCUUGACUCUCGCAAAGCUGUCUGCUCAAUCAGAUGUCGUUUUUGGUCUCACAAUCAGUGGUCGUAACGCCACCGUGCCUGGAAUUGAGAAUACUGUUGGUCCUUGUGUCAACGUUGUUCCUGUUCGUGUUAAUUUCGCCGAGAAGUGGACAGGCGUCGAGCUGUUCCGCUAUCUCCAGGAUCAGCAGGUGUCUAAUAUGCCAUUCGAGUCGCUUGGUUUCCGCGAGAUCAUCAAGCAAUGCACCGACUGGCCAGCUUGGACAUAUUUCACUACCUCGGUGUUCCACCAGAAUGUCGACUAUGAGGGUUCCUUGGAACUUGACAACAACAAGUACCGCAUGGGAGGCGCGGGAGUCAAUGACAACUUCGCCGAUCUGACCAUGGUUUCUCGUCCGGCUGACGACCGCAAUCUCAAUGUUACACUCGGAUUCUCUGAGAAGGGCCCGAUCCUUGCCUCGUUUGCUGAAAGGGUGCUAGAGAUGGUGUGCGAAACUGCGCAGUCCUUGAUCGCCAACCCUUCAACUUCUCUGCCAUCUCCCAAUAUGCUGUGCUCUCUUCCAUCGCAAGUAGUCGAUGAUCUGCCUCGUGCCUCUGAUGAGCACUUCCUCAGUGCCCAUCUCAAGUCUCGUUCGAUCGCCGAGCUUCUCGUCCAUUCCGACAUCCUGUCGCGCUCCUGGCACCAAUGCCUGCCUAGUCGAGCUCCCGCCCUGACAGAAGGAAACGAAGAUGAGAAACCCAAGCACCAACCAGCCUUCCAACUCGACUCAUCUUUCUUCGAUCUUGGUGGUGAUAUAUUCAACAUGGCUCAACUUACCUGGCUUCUAGAGCAAGAAGGCCUCAAGGUCCGCCUGGAGGACCUUCUUGAGCAUCCUUCCUUCCUUGGUCAAAUGGCCGUCCUGGCUCUGCACAACUCCAAGCACCAGGAGGAAUUUGGUCCAGAGUAUGCCACCUCAGCAGUCUCACCGAAGCCAUCCAUGCCUCAAGUUGAGAAGAAGAAGACAUGGGAGAAGGCUAUGACACUUGCUAGAAAGCUAACCAGGCGGAACAACAUGGUAUCCAGUCGGGCCUGA